AUGGCUGAUCAAGUACUUGUGAUUGGUGGCGGAGGCAGAGAACAUGCCCUGGCCUGGAAAUUAGCACAGUCGCCACAUAUAAAACGAGUGCUAGUCGCUCCAGGAAAUGCAGGAACAGCCAACAAUGGAAAAAUUUCAAAUUCAGCCAUCUCAAUCAGUAAUCAUGCCGCUCUUGUCCAGUUCUGCAAAGACAAUGAGAUCAAACUUGUGGUGGUGGGCCCAGAAGUUCCUCUUGCUGCUGGCAUUGUUGAUGACUUGACAGGAGCUGGGGUAAGAUGUUUUGGUCCUACAGCAAAGGCAGCUCAGCUAGAGUCCAGUAAGAGUUUUUCUAAAGCCUUUCUGGACCGGCAUGGGAUCCCAACCGCAAGAUGGAAAGCAUUCACCAAUCCUAAAGAAGCUUGUAGCUUUAUUACCAGCGUGGACUUUCCUGCUCUGGUUGUAAAAGCUAGUGGUCUGGCUGCUGGCAAAGGAGUAAUUGUGGCUACUAACAAAGAGGGAGCCUGCAAAGCUGUGCAUGAAAUCAUGCAGGAUAAGACUUUUGGAGCAGCUGGGGAAACUGUUGUUGUUGAAGAACUUCUUGUAGGAGAAGAGGUUUCUUGCUUGUGCUUCACUGAUGGUGUCACUGUUGCUCCCAUGCCACCAGCCCAGGAUCACAAACGGUUAAUGGAUGGAGACCAGGGCCCAAACACUGGAGGGAUGGGAGCUUACUGCCCAGCACCACAGAUUUCCAAAGAUUUGCUGCUGAAAAUCAGAGAUACUAUUCUUCAGAAAACGGUUGAUGGGAUGAAAGAAGAGGGUGUCCCUUAUAUUGGUGUGCUAUAUGCUGGAUUAAUGCUUACCAGUGAUGGGCCUAAGGUUCUCGAGUUUAACUGCAGGUUUGGUGACCCAGAGUGUCAGGUAAUCCUUCCAUUAUUGAAGAGUGAUUUGUAUGAAGUUAUACAAGCGACGAUCAAUAGAAAGCUGUCUAGCUCCAUGCCUGUUUGGUCUGAAGACAGUGCAGCCAUGACUGUGGUCAUGGCUAGUGAAGGUUAUCCAGGAAACUAUGCCAAGGGUUUGGAAAUAACAGGAUUUUCUAAGGCUAAAGAACUAGGGCUGGAGGUGUUCCAUGCAGGCACGGCAGUAAAGGACGGCAAAGUAGUGACUAAUGGUGGAAGAGUCCUUACGGUAACGGCUAUCAAGAAGGAUCUGAUGGCAGCACUGGAAGAAGCCAACAAAGGAGUAGCAGCCAUACACUUCAAGGGUGCCAUUUACAGAAAGGACAUUGGUUAUCGGGCUAUAGCUUUCCUCAGCAAUUCCAGAGGCCUGACUUACAAAAACAGUGGGGUAGACAUCGCAGCUGGCAAUACCUUGGUUCAGAAAAUUAAACCCUUAGCAGCAGCCACCUCAAGGCCAGGCUGCAAUGCAGAGCUCGGAGGAUUUGCUGGUCUCUUUGACUUGAAAGCAGCUGGUUACAAAGAUCCUAUCUUGGUGUCUGGAACUGAUGGUGUUGGAACAAAACUCAAGAUUGCACAGAUGUGUAAGAAACAUGACACCAUUGGCCAGGACUUGGUUGCCAUGUGUGUCAAUGACAUCCUGGCUCAGGGAGCAGAGCCCCUCUUCUUCCUCGACUAUUUUGCCUGUGGGAAACUUGAUGUUGAAGUGUCUCAAGCAGUCAUAGCGGGAAUAGCUGAAGCUUGUAAAAAGGCAGGAUGCGCUCUCUUGGGAGGAGAGACUGCUGAAAUGCCUGGCAUGUAUCUGCCUGGGGAGUACGACCUCGCUGGCUUUGCAGUUGGUGCCGUGGAACAAGGACAGAUGCUCCCCCAACUGGAGAGAAUUGCUGAUGGAGAUGUUGUCAUUGGAAUAGCUUCCUCUGGGGUUCACAGCAAUGGGUUUAGCCUUGUAAGGAAGAUUGUAGAAAAGUCGUCUUUAGAUUUCACUUCUCCAUCAGAUGGUGGCUCUGGUGACCAGACGUUAGGGGAACUACUGUUAACCCCAACUAAAAUCUACAGUAAAACUCUGUUGCCUCUCCUUCGUUCAGGGCGUGUUAAGGCCUACGCCCACAUCACUGGAGGAGGUCUGUUGGAAAAUAUCCCCCGAGUUCUCCCAGAAUCAUUUGGUGUAGUUUUAGAUGCUCACAGUUGGCGGAUACCUGAAAUCUUCUCUUGGCUUCAAAAAGAGGGAAACCUCUCAGAAGAGGAGAUGGCCCGAACAUUUAAUUGUGGGAUUGGCGCAGUCUUGGUGGUAGAAAAGGCACUGGCUCAGCAGGUUCUGAAAGACGUACAGAGACAUGAGGAAGCCUGGCUGAUUGGGAAAGUCGUCUCCCGACACACAGAAUCUGCCCAUGUUGAAAUCAAUAAUCUGCUUCAAGCCUUACAAGCAAAUAGGUUACAGUUUUUGCACAACCAUAUCCAAGGCAAAACCCAAACAAGCAAAGUGAAGGUGGCUGUUCUCAUCUCUGGAACAGGCACAAACCUUGAAGCCCUAAUAACCAGCACAAAAAAGCCAACCAGCUACGCACAGAUAGUCCUCGUCAUUUCUAACAAGUCAGGCGUGGAAGGGUUAAGAAGAGCUGAAAGAGCUGGUAUUCCUACAAAAGUAAUUGACCAUAAAUUGUAUGGAAGUCGCACAGAAUUUGAUAAUGCGGUUGAUAAAGUCCUUGAAGAAUUCUCAGUUGAACUGAUCUGUCUUGCAGGAUUUAUGCGGAUUUUGUCUGGUCCUUUUGUCAAAAAGUGGGAUGGAAAAAUACUGAAUAUUCAUCCAUCUUUACUACCUUCUUUUAAAGGAGCAAAUGCCCAUAAAUUGGUAUUACAAGCUGGAGUCCGAAUCAGUGGCUGUACUGUGCACUUUGUAGCUGAGGAAGUCGAUGCUGGAGCUAUAGUUUUUCAAGAGGCGGUUCCCGUGAAGAUUGGAGACACAGAGGAGACCUUGUCAGAAAGAGUAAAAGAAGCAGAGCACAGAGCCUUCCCUGCUGCCUUGCAACUGGUGGCCAGUAAGGCAGUGUGCCUAGGAGAAAGUGGCAAGAUCUUCUGGAAUUUAGAACAGCGGAAUUGA